UACCUAUUCUAUCUAAGAUGCGUUCGACGGAUGAGAGAAACGAGCGUUUGAUAUAUUGAUGUUCACUACUACGGUUAACUCGGUCAGUGUAAGGUCGACGAAAGGUGGUGUCGUUGCUGGGAAAGUUGUUGAGCGUCGGUCGUGGCUGCCAGCAACGCGUCGCGCUCGGCCAGCAACGCGCGAUGUUUGGUUUCCGCCAUGUCGUAAUACGCCAAGAAGAACGCCUGCAGUUCGCCGGACGUGGCCUCGUCCAACGGCGGCAUCUCUUGAUUCAGUGUUUGUUGAUUCGUUGUGCGGCUAUCGCUGGUCGAUUGGUCGCGUUUCUCGCGAAGUUGGUCGAGUUGUUCGCGCAGUUGCUGGCACUCUGUCACAAGGGCGUCGCGAUGCGCGGUGGUCGUCGCCAGCUGGUCGUCCCGUGCGUCGAUUUCCAUCUGCAGAAGUGCGAGGGUUUCCUCAUGGGCCGCCGCGACCACGAGCAUGUUUUCGCUGGCUUGUGUGGCGUGCUGGAUCUGCGACACCGUAGCUUCCAGCACUUGAAUCUGCUGUUGCAGCUUGGCUUCACAUGCUUCCCACUGCUGUCGGUCCUCGGCUUUGUGCUUUAGAACAGUCAGCGUGUCUUCCUUUUGUGCGACAAGGUACUGCUCCUUGGCAGCCAACCGUUCUUGGAGUUGUUCCAGUUGCACGUGGAGUUCGUGGACGUCCGUCGUCCGUUGGUCGAGCAACUGGGCGAGUUGGUCCUUUUCCAGUCGAAGCUUUUCAACGUUGGACGAUGCAGCAUCCAGCGCUUUCUGCAACUCGUCGGCCCUGGCAUGUGCCUGUUGGUGGUCGCUAGCAAGUUGGUCGCACCGUUUCUGGAGCGAAUACUCGGCUUGUUGCUGCAAAGUCGAGUCGGCCAUUGCUGCUGCAGCUUGCGUUUCCUCCAACUGGACUUGGACUUCGAAGCGGUCGAAUUCUUGCCGAUCAUGGAGCUCGUCUUGGAAGUGCUGAAUCGCGUCCUGGAGCAUUUUCUCUUGAACCAUUAGCGACUCGUUCAAACGACGACGCUUGGACGCAUGUUGAUCUUGCAUUUUCGACGUGCAUUGCUGGAUGAGGUCUUGGACGACAAGCUGCUGCUUUUCCCACGCGCUUUGGUUAUCCAGCAGCCGGUCCAGCUCCAUGUCCGUGUCGGCAGCAGGGACGCUCGAUAAAGGGGUAGCCUUGGGUUCCUUGAAACGCCUGUACACACGCUCGAGGUCGUGGCGCAAGUUCACCACGUCCUUCUCCAGUAGGUCCUUGUCCUGGCGAAGCUGGUCGUUCUCGGCCUUGAUGGCGGCUUUCUCCUUGUCCAGCGUGCUGGCCUGCUUCUUCAGUUGCACGAGCUCCUUCGACGGCGCUGCAUUCACCUUCGGUGGCACCUGCUCCUUGUUUUGCGCGUCCUGCACGAGCUUCUGCAGCAGUUGGUUGUGGUCGCUCAGGAGCUUCGACUUCCUCUCGAGAUCCUCCUGCUUCUUCAACAUGGCCUCCUUCUGCACCACCAUCUCUUCCAUUUUCUUCUCCAGUGCGGCAUUGUCUUCCCGAAGGAUCUCCAUGCUAAUCGCAGCAAGGUCCAUCGUUUGCUCCAUCGUCGAUGGCGGCGCCGGCGGCCUGCCGAUCUGGUGUUUUUUUUAGUGAAACCACCAAUCAGGCAAAUUGAUUUGAACAAAGUAU